AUGUCAUUUCCGAUUCCCGUGGCUGUUUGUACCCUGGUUCCGACCAUGACAGGGUUGGUGGUCAAUGCCUUUAUCACCCUUGUAAACAUCCGGAACUAUUUAAGGGAACAGGGGCUGAAACCAUGUGAUAAGAUUCUAAUGGCUUUGUGCUUGACCAGGUUUCUCCUGCAAUGGACUUUCCUUCUGGAUAUCAUUGGGAUUUUGCUCCAGUUGAUUCCUUUCUCCACAUUCGCUAUCUACUGUAUCUUUUAUGUGGUGGAACAGUUUUUGGACUACUUCAGCCGGUGGCUAGCGAUGUGGCUCUCCAUUCUGUACUACGUCAACAUCACAAUCUUCAAAAAUGUCUUAGUCCUCUAUUUGAAGUCAAGGAUCCCCCACGUCACUAGUUACAUGAUCUUCGUCUCGGCGUUCCUUUCCUUCGGCCCGGGACUGAUUUAUUCUUUGACCAGCAGUGAGGUCUCUUGCCUGAGGGUCUCCAACCAAAGUCUUUCCAAGAAUGCAACUUAUGAAACCAAAGAAUUCUUGUCCAUCUCCUUUGUCUUCGGACAGUGUUUGCCUUCUGUGAUAGAGAUGGUUUCAUCCAUUUAUCUGCUCUGGACUUUAUUUGCUCAUGUCAACUACACCAAGGCCAAUGUUUCCAGCUUCACGGCACCCAACAUGGACGCCCACUGGUCUGCAAUCCGAUGUAUUCUUCUACUGUAUUUCAUGUCUGCCUGUAAUUUCAUUGGGAACCUCAUUUUAUAUUUCUUUUCUAAUGAUUCUUUUGGAAGUUCCCUUAGUUACAUAAUAACCUUUGCUUACCCCACUCUGCAUUCUGUCGUUUUUGUACUGAACCAUUCGAAGCUGAAGAAAGAACUGGCAAAAAUAUUGUACUGUGAGAAAUCUGUGGUUGGUUUCAGAGCAGAGACUGUGGUAAGAUCAUCUCUAGGCCAGGCCUAA